ACUAAACCAGCGUCCCGGAGAGCAGACACAGGCCCAGAGUGAUCGAGGUCCUGCUGAGAGCAGAGGGGGCUGUCCGUGCGGCACGCAACCCAGGCGUCGGGGUCAGGCCGCAGGACAGGCUCAAAGCUGGAAAAGAACAGACCGAAUGCCAGGGUUGCUUCAUGGGGAGCUUGGCUGUGUCCACUGAGAAGCCGGAGGAAGGCCAAUCAAAGCCCAGCGAAGCCAAGGGGAGAGAAGCCACGUCUGGCCUCUGCUCUUUUCUUGACUUUCCAAAAUUGCAACAUUUUAAUGUUUACAUUUCCAGAGAGCUUCCCCGCCGGAGUGGAAUUUCACCGCCUCGUAGGGCAGCACCUGGCGUCAUCCUAGAGCGUCCCCGUGCUGCACGCUGUGAUCGGUCACGACCUUCGCAGCCGUUACAAGGGUGGAACCUCAAGUCACACGCGCCCAGCCCCUGCCCGUCAGUCCGGGGAGAUCGACCCUGCACUCUGCGGGAGCCAGGCUUGUGCCCUCAGUGUUUCCAAGCCCACGCUUGAGCGUCCACCCUGUAAAGCGGGGUUUGCGAUCGCUGGACCCGGGUCUAACGUCCGUGCUAACGUGUCCGUGCUGCGCUACGCCGACCUUCUGACUCGGGGCUGCGCCCUGAGCUGAGGCCACACUGCAAAAUGACAGGGCGUGGGUCACCCCUCGAGCACCCGCGGCUCAGACUCGGCAGGAAUAACUGUCUGGAUCCGUCUGCUGUCGCUUGUCUCAUCUUGUGAGCUGUUUGGGGCCGGGACUGUCUUUUUGGCCUGAGCGCGUACAGCACCUACCGCAGGAGGGUCCUAGUCCACGACGACAGCUCCCUAAUACAAGCAAUAGUGCUGCUCUGUGCUUGUGAUAGGACCAUGUGCUCCAGCUCCCUGCAGCCUCCCAUAGACCAAAGCUCGUGUUUCAGGCGCCGACUCUGGCUAGGUCCUCACUUCCUAGGGAAGCCGUCUCUGGGAAGUGCCCAUGGAGACACCGAGGCUCUGUCCGGGAAUGUGCUGGCUGGCCCACCUGCUGAUCCCACAGCUCCCUGACAGCGCUGAGCCUCUCAGACACAGAUCUCACACACACACGCGCUGCCCGGGAAUGAAGCGAUCUGGGGCGCAAACGCCCCAUCAGCGUCUCCAGAGGGUAACAAGAAAGAACAGGUGUGUCUGCCAUUUUCCAGCCUAGUUACCAUCUCCACAAGGUGCAUGGGAGAAUGGUAGUGCGACCAUAAGAUCAUGCUCUACACAAUGACAUGUUGGCUUCCAGUCCUGGGCCUCCAUUGGAUUCUUCUGAGCACAGCCCCCGUGGAGGCCUGCCCGGCUCGCUGCGAGUGCGCUCCUCAGAUCAAGUCGGUGGUGUGCCAUCGCAAACGCCUCACCUCCAUCCCCGAGGGGAUCCCCACCGAGACCAAGGUUCUGGAGCUCAGCAAGAACCGGAUCCGCUGCCUGAACCCGGGGGACCUGUCCCCUUACCCUUUGCUGGAGGAACUCGAUUUAAGCGAGAACAUCAUCGUCAGUGUGGAGCCCGGAGCCUUCAGCAACCUGUUUCACCUUCAGAUCUUGCGGCUCCGAGGCAACCAACUUAAGCUGAUCCCUUCUGGAGUCUUCACCAAGCUGACCAAUCUCACCCUCCUGGACAUCAGCGAGAACAAAAUAGUCAUCCUGCUGGACUACACGUUCCAGGACCUGAGGAACCUGAAGAACUUGGAGGUGGGAGACAACGACUUGGUGUACAUCUCCCAACGGGCUUUCUCUGGCCUCCUAGGCCUGGAGCAGCUGACCAUAGAGAAAUGCAACCUGACGGCCAUCUCGGCCGAAUCCCUUUCCUACCUCCAAAACCUGGAGGUCCUGCGGCUCCGACACCUCAGCAUCUCCGCGGUGGAAGAUGGGAACUUCAAGAAGCUCUACAAUCUCCUGCAGCUGGAGAUCGACAACUGGCCGCUGCUGGAGGACAUCUCGCCCACCGGCUUCCAGGGCCUGAACCUCACGUCGCUCUCCAUCACCUACACCAACAUCACGGCAGUGCCCACGGCCGCCUUGAGGAACCUGGUGUACCUCAUGUACCUGAACUUGUCUUAUAACCCCAUCAGCACUGUGCCCAAGGGCUCCUUCAAGGACCUCCUCAGGCUGCGAGAGCUCCACAUGGUGGGUGCCUUCCUGGUCUCCGUGGAGCCUCAAGCGUUCUCUGGCUUGAGGCAAAUCCGCCUCCUCAACCUCUCCAACAAUUUCCUCUCCACCCUGGAGGAGAGCACCUUCCAUUCAGUGAACACGCUGGAGACGCUGCGCGUGGACAGGAACCCGCUGGCCUGCGACUGCCGCCUCCUCUGGAUUCUACAGCGCCGCAAGACGCUCAACUUCGACGGGCAGCAGCCCAUGUGCUCCUCACCCCCUGAGAUCCAGGGCAACGCCCUGCGUGACUUCCCGGACUCCAUACUCUUUGAGUACUUCACCUGCCAAAAGCCCAAAAUCAGGGACCGAAAGUUGCAGCACAUAACAGCCCGUGAAGGGCAGUCUGUCUCCUUCCUCUGCCGUGCAGACGGAGAGCCCGUUCCUGCCAUCAUUUGGGUCUCCCCUCAGCACAGGAUGAUCACCACCAAGAGCACUGGGCGAGCCACCGUCUUGCCCGGGGGCACAUUGGAAAUCCGCUUUGCCCAGGUCCAAGACAGUGGCACCUACAUUUGCAUCGCUAGCAAUGCCGGAGGCAAUGACACCUACUUUGCCACCUUGACGGUCAAGGGGCAUCCCGUGGACGGCUCCCUUUAUGCAAACCGGACCUUGUACCUCAGCGAGUUCAACGACACCUUCCACAACAACACGCAAGUCUUCUUAAAGUUUACACUGGACCUCAAGACCAUCCUGGUCUCCACGGCCAUGGGCUGCAUCACCUUCCUUGGGGUCGUGCUCUUCUGUUUCCUGCUCCUCUUUGUGUGGAGCCGGGGGCGGGGACAGCACAAAAACAACUUCACCGUGGAAUACUCCUUCCGCAAAGUGGAUGGCCCCACCACCACCGCCGGGCAGGGCAGCGCCAGGAAGUUCAACAUGAAGAUGAUCUGAGCGGCUCCAGGAGGAGGGUGGUUCCUAGUCCACUGCCUGCCGCCAAAUGGGGCCCUCCAAGGGCCGGGCAGGGGGUCAGAGCAUCCUUCCUUUGUUUUCCAAGUGAGCACUUCGUCUCGUCAGGUGGCUGCGCUCCCCUGAGGGUCGAGGCAGUAAAACUCGCGGCGGAACCUGGCUGGGACGUUGGCUCGAUUCGACCACAAGGGCUUGGAAGCGACCUGGAGGAGCGAGCGGUUUUCCUUAUUGGUCUUGCCACACAACUGAACUGAGCAGAAGCAUCACUGGAAACAGCCCCAGGUGCCUCCCAGCGGCUUAUUCUCGUUUCUGAGCACACCCCACCUUCUUGGAGCUGUGAGACCCCCCCAUGCCCAGGUCCCAGAAGGCAAGCGCGGGCCAAGGAGGCAUGCACAGCCCUUGUGGGUCUGGGCCUCGCAAUGGAGCUAACAUUCUUUUUUAUCAACUAUGCAUUUUCCAGACCAUGAGCAAGCAGCGUCUGGGCCCGGAGAACCGGCUUCCUUUUUUAAGAGACGAUGUGGAACCCUUUCUCGGUUGUGGUUUAUGGUUCGUAUUUAAUUUGUUGGGAGGUGUUUUUUUUAAAUGAAUUUCCAACAGAAGUCUUCCUGUGCGACAAAGGAUUCCCGCAGAGCAGAGCGAGGGCAGCUCCCGGCUGCCCCGGCACGCACGCCAACCGGCCUGGGCGGCUCGAUCCAACGCAGGGGAGGUGCUGUGCCUGGGACGAGUUCCUCUCAGCAUUUGGAAGAAGGGGAAACCUCUGAAGCUUGCAAAGCCCGGCGCCCGGGGCGGGAUCGUCCUGCACAAGCAAUAAUAACCCAACCCGACAGUCCCUUCCGGCCGUACGGGUCUGUGCAGGCACGAAUGCCACCCCAUUGGCGCUGAGCGGUAUUUCACCAAAGCACGCUGGCGUUC